UUGAUCGGUGUGUUUGUCAAUCAAAGAGCGGUUACACGGAAGCGUGGAGCCGGUGCUAGAGUCUGCCUAGCAACCACGAAGCCGGCUUUAAAGCGGUAAUAUCAGGGCCACCGAAUCCCGCUUCCCGCUCGCUGGGCGAAGUUCAGCCCACCGCACCCGAGCUGUGAGCGGCACCGUAGGCGCCGGCACUCAAGGCCUUAUUAGUUGGAUAGGCCUCGGACUUCACGACGGAGUCCUUACGGUCAGACCCGGGGGAGGAGCCGAUUCCUCCGGCAGAGAUUGGCACAAUGACAGACGAAGCAUGUCGGACGCGGAGUCAAAAGCGAGCACUGGAGAGAGAGGUGACCCAGAAUGAUGUAGACAGUAAAAAGCUGAAACUAGAAAAAGGACUGUUGGAUAUGAGAGGAGAUGGGGAACUCCUUGUGAAGGCAGACCCUGGACCUGGCAAAGUACCUGGAUUACUGAAAGGGGGAGAAGUGAAGGCCACGAUCAAAGUGGAGGUACAGACUGGAGAUGAGCCGAUGGACAUGAGCACCUCAAAAAGUGAGAUUAAGAGAGAAAAAAGGGUCCCAUCUCCAGAUGUCAUUGUAUUAUCUGAUAACGAGCCCUCCAGUCCUCGGAUGAACGGUUUGACCAAGUCAGCCAAAGAGCCCAAAUCAGAGACUUUCUUGUUAUUGCAGAGGAGCAGUCCAGAGGAGCGGGACAGAAUAAUUAAGCAACUUAAGGAGGAGUUACGGUUAGAGGAAGCGAAGCUGGUUCUGCUGAAGAAACUUCGACAAAGCCAGAUCCAGAAGGAGACUGCCCCUCAGAAGGUAACCUCACGGAUUUCAGGCACAGUUAUUCCUCCCCCCUUGGUCCGAGGAGUACAGCAGGCACCUUCCAAGCAGUCAACGCAGAUUGUAAUGCCAACUCUUGUUAGAGGAGCACAGCCCAUCUCUGUAUCUCCCCACCAGAUUCACAAUAUCAGACAACACACAAGCACUGGACCUCCUCCACUACUGCUGGCCCCUCGGGCGUCUGUACCCAGUGUCCAGAUGCAAGGUCAAAGAAUAAUCCAGCAAGGUUUAAUCCGUGUGGCCAAUGUACCAAACACAAGCCUUUUAGUCAACAUACCGCAGGCAUCCCCAACGUCUUUGAAAGGGUCAACAGGCAACAGCAUCUCUGCUAGCGUUUCAUCAAAUGAUUCCCCUGCCAGCCGGCAAGCUGCUGCUAAGCUAGCCCUUCGCAAGCAGCUGGAAAAGACCUUGCUUGAAAUCCCUCCCCCGAAGCCUCCGGCGCCUGAACUAAACUUUCUGCCAAGUGCGGCUAACAAUGAAUUCAUCUACCUGGUGGGGCUGGAAGAGGUGGUGCAGAAUCUGCUGGAGACCCAAGGUAAAACGAUGCCGGCACCUUCCUCCCAUGAGCCUUACAGCUGUGCCCAGUGCAAGACUGACUUCACUAGCCGCUGGAGGCAGGAGAAGAACGGGACCAUCAUGUGUGAGGUGUGCAUGACCUCCAACCAGAAGAAGGCAUUGAAAGCAGAACACACAAACCGACUGAAGGCGGCCUUUGUCAAGGCUCUACAGCAGGAGCAGGAGAUCGAGCAGCGGAUAUUGCAGCAGAGCUCAUCCCCUGCACAAAGCAAGGCGGAGCACACUGUGCAGCACCACUCUUUGAAACAGAGUACAACACCAAUCUCACGUGGAUUAUCAGGGACCACCCGAGGUGUUUUGCACACUUUCCCCCCUACGACCAAGGUGCCGAAUGCUGCCACCCAUGCCAAUCGGUCGGUUAAACCUGGAGAACGUUCUCUGAACAAGGGCAACAUGGCAUCAGGAAACUGGAAAAAGACCCAGAUUAACGCAGGAGGAACUUUAACCUUUGUGAAUCCUGGCCUCACCGUGCACAAGUCGUCGGCUGUGGACCGUCAACGGGAAUACCUCCUAGAUAUGAUUCCUUCUCGUUCUAUUACUCAGUCAUCAACGUGGAAAUAAUGAAUGCAGGACCCAGAAAUGACAGAAUAAUCAGACACACGAAUAACCUAAGCAGACCUAUAGAACGUGAGAGUAACAAAUGGGCCACCUCAAUGCACUGUCCUCCAUCUAUAACUGUGCAAUGAAGGAUGGUCCUAUUCUACCACUCUCCCAGUCCUGCUUCUUUUUUCUACCACCAGUUUGUCGCAAGAUGGGUAUCUGGGCAGCAGAUUUACUGGUGUGGCGUUUCAGAGGAAAAAGUGUGCAGGAAGAAGGCAGGCGGCUGUUUAUCCUCCUCUCCUAUGGUUUAAAAGAUGUGUUCUUCACAUCUAUAAACAUGCAUUUUUUUCCUGCUUCAUAAUGUUAUGCCCC